UACCAUUAUGAUUGCUAACGGUAGCUAUUUAGCCAUUUGAGAUUCAAGCUCCAAGGUCGAUGCAAGGCAUUAGUGAAGGAGUAAUGUUUGUUAGUAGAUGGCUUGCUAUUUUCAAAGCCACCUUGGCCUUCUGAAGAGUGCCUUUUAUAUUAAACAGGAUGAUAAAGGAGAAUGGUGACCUGUUUUCUGAUGCCCUGUGCAAAGUCUGCAGUGCUGUCCUGAAUUCUGACUCACAGAAACUUGCACAUUAUCAGAGCAAAAAGCAUGCCAACAAAGUCAGGCGCUACAUGAGCAUCCACAAAGAAGAGGAGCCCACCAUCAAAAGGUUCAAGUUGCCUUCGGGAGACAGCGCCAACAGUAAUGAAGAGACGGACCGCUCCAAAGCCUGUCUUAUAUGUAAUAUGACAUUUUCCUCUCCGGUGGUGGCUGAGUCCCACUACCAGGGCAAGGUGCAUACCAAGAACCUGAGACUGAAGACUUUUGGCCACCAGCCCCCAGUAGCACUACCUCAGGCCUUGGCCCCAGUAGUGAAGAAGAAGAAGACUCAGUUAGAAGAGGCGAGCAGCGUGGCAUCGUCAGGCCCGGCCGAGGACGACCAGGACCACUUCUGUUCCAUCUGCCAUGCCUCAUUCAACAACCCCCUCAUGGCCAAGCAGCACUACGAAGGCAAGAAGCAUAAAAAACAGCUGACCCAGCAGAAGCUGAUGGAGACCUAUGGGCCGUCCACAGCACCAGCUUCUACAGUAAAGGGCUAUCCAUGCACUGUGUGCAACAUUGAACUCAACUCUGUGGAACAGUAUCAAGCUCACAUCAGCGGCUCCAAACAUAAGAACCAUGUCAGAGGGAAGAAAGGGAGCAACCCAACAUUUGUCAGCCCCUCUGAAAACCAGUACACAGCAGAAAACCAGCAGUCUGAGUACCGUUAUAUGCCUGAAGCCGAACCUGUCCAGGAGGACUGGGGCGCUUUCAACCAGGACUACGAGUGAAGAGACUCCCAGUACCCCCACCUCUCUCCAACUACCACAGUUCACCAGCUACUGGUGUCCCUCAGUUAGGGCCAGGAGGAUUUCCUGACCACAUCACCUGACCAGGAAAAAUUAUUUGUUAUAGGCUACAACUACGCCCCAGAGUUUUCCCUGUUCAUGUCACAUGGUCAUGUAAAAUCCCUGGAAAGAGAGUGUGUCCUCCCUUCUUCUCUCUGUGGUGUCGUAUCUGCCUCAUAGGUGAAUCCUAUCUAUCUACUCCAGUUCUACUUCAUUCUAUCUGUACUCAGAGACGGUCAGUCUCCCAGUACAUGUGUUGGUUGUGUUCUCAGUCGGUCAGACCAGAGAGGUAUAGACACUUGGAUAUGUUGUCUAUUAUUCCUGUUCAAAAUGUCAAAUUUCAAAUUCCGACAUAAUACAGUACAAUAAUAUGACGUUGGUGUGAUGGACUUGCAGUAGUGUUCUGGUUCUAUUUUUAUAGAACCCCCCCUCCCUUCUAGAGUUUUGUCCAACACCUACAGUGGGGCAAAAAAGUAUUUAGUCAGCCACCAAUUGUGAAAGUUCUCCCACUUAAAAAUAUGAGAGGCCUGUAAUUUAUCAUAGGUACACUUCAACUAAGACAGACAAAAUGAAGGAAAAAAUCCAGAAAAUCAAAUUGUAGGAUUUUUAAUGAAUUUAUUUGCAAAUUAUGGUUUGCCCCACUGUAAAUCUUUUGAUCCAUCUCUUUACAUAAUGUUUCUCUGUGACUGGCUGAGAGGAAAAACUCUCAAGAACAUAUCCUGUACGGAAAGUUAUUUUUCUUGAACUUUUACUCGUUCUAGUAUUUUCAGCUUGCGGAUAGCAACAUGGAGAGUAACUUGGACUUUCUAAAACAAAUAUUAUAUACAUGUAAUUUUCUGCACCCUACAACUUCAGUGUUUGUGAGAACCUUCUAGUUUGAUGUCUAUUGUAAGUAAAAGACUGCCAGAUGAUAAGUACGUCCUAUAAUCGUUUUAUUAUAUGUACAUGCGUUCGUAUCAAUUUAAAACGGGGCUGUCACAAACUAACCAUACGUUGCAGCAGAUAAGCAAUGUCAUACUCUAACCGUACUCUGUAUUAGGAAUGCGCUGUCAGUACCAGGGCUUAAAAAGCAAUGUCAUUUUGUUUUUAUUCCAGUUUAUUUCUGUUUUUAGUCACAUGAAAAAUGAUAUGAAGCAACUUACAAUGUGAAAUAUGCCUUUACUAGACAUCUGCUGUGGUAUGUCAUAGUUGUAGAAAUCAUACUGUUUUACUCCAUAGUUGUCCAUCUGUGCUGGUAGGGUCAUGAAAGAUUGUCUGAAUAUUGGUCAACAUUCUGUCUGAGGGAGUGGUUUUUGGAAUGGUAUUUGACUGUGAAUGUAAAGAUAAUCUGAGAGUGUUUCAGUGGUGAUGGUGAGACUAAAAUAAGCUAUUUUAAAAGCUCAAUGUUUGGUGUAGUAAGUGCUAAAACUUAUGUUUUUGCUGCAUUUAUUGAAUGGACAAAAAAAUAUCUACUUGGAUAUCGGUUGUAUUAGUGAGGGAUUGGAUGUGCAGAAUCGUCGUAGCAGUCCCGGGUGCGUUACUGACCGACAGUAAAGGAUCCUAGAUUUGUACUUUUAUUGUUUCAAGUUAAAUACUAUGUUGAUCUUUAAAAGCAUAAAUAGAUUUUGAUUGAUCUUAAGAUCCCAUUCCCAUUAUUUCAUUUUGUGACGAGUUGUGAAAGUUUGUCAUUUCCUAAGAUUGUUUUUUUUUCAUCAGACAUGACAAGUUGACUAUCUAUUACUGAAUGUGUCGCCCUGCCUUUUGGCUGAAGAAACGUUACAUUCAUUUUGGAUGUAAUUCAUUAGAAGAGGGCUUCUAAAUACAUUGUAAAACAAGCAGAAAUAUGGCCUUUUAUUUCAGACCUCAUUCUUAUUGUGUUGUAAAUUAUCAGAUUUAUUUUCAAUACAAACUAUGUAUGCCUAAAGAAGUGCUAGGGAAAUGUGUAUGUAGUAAAACAAUGUUUUAACUAAA